UAAAUAUAUAUAAAAAAAUUGUCGUGGAACUUUUAGUCUACAAAUUUUUUUUUCUAAAAAUGUUUUAUAAAAUAAUUUCUUUUGUUUUAGUAUUCACAAGUGAAUUUUUAUUUGAAAAUGUUUUUGCAGCGACGAUUUUUAUUAGCCCAAGGGAAGUAAAUAUUAAACAAUAUUGUAAUGGUUACAGUUUUAACACAUAUGCGGAGUUAAUAGUGAAGCAACAUUGGACAAAGAAAGAAGCUUAUGUACAGUGUGGUAUUUUAGAAUUGGUAUUUCAAGUAAAAAGAAAAAAUACAAAAAUUUUUGCAGAAAUUUAUAUAAAUUAUAAUGACAAUGAAGAUAAUAAGUUUCCAAGUUUAAUCAAACUAAGAAUCAAUUUCGAAGAAAAAAAAAUCGUUGUAACAAAAGAAAACAAGCAGUGCUACUUUUCAUACAAUGAAAACGGCAUUCAUGAUUUGGAGACAUAUAUAAGCAGUUUACACAAUAAAAUUAUAUUUGAAGUAGUUAGAAUUUACAAUGGAAAUCUUGAAAGUAAUUCUACGGUUUAUAAUUAUGACAUAAAAUAUCAACUAGAUAAUAUCCAAUUUUCGUCUUUAUGGAAUUAUAUCAAAGAGGAUCUUGUUGAAUUAAAUUCUCUGAAUAUUUCCCAUAUAACAAUUGAAGAUUUAUUAAAUAACUCAACAAUGCUUAAAAAAACUGUUCGAGAAUUUUUACGUGAGGCAAAAACAAUUAUGGUUAAUCGAACUACUAAAUAUGUGCUUUUACUAACUGUAUUUACCUAUAAGAUACUAAAAAUCGAUGAUUGUUUUGUUUUUAAUCCAUUUUGGAUAGAAUUAAUAAAAUAUUUUAAAAAAUUGGAUGAAGCUAUAAAUAAAUUGUUCACGAAUAAUACAAUAAGUUAUCUCAUAAUAAACUUCAUAUCUAAAAUAUAUAUUAAUGAAAAAACAGAUACUUUAAUACGUUUGGCGAACAAAUGCACACAUAUUUUAAACACGUCCAAACAAUUAAACGAUCAUAAUUCUGAAAAUUCUGAAAUAUCGAACACGCUCAUAUCAAAUGAUAUAAAUUAUUAUUAUUUAUUAAAUAAUAUUUUAAAAGAUUUUCCUAAGCCGCACAAUUUUGAAGAUAUACCAGAUACACUAGAAAAAUUAAAAAAAAAAUUGAAGAUAAUUUUCAAGUUAAUUGAAGCAGAAUAUGAAAAUAUUUUGUAACUUUUGAUAAAUUCAUUGUAUACGAUAAAAAUAUACCAGUAUAUAUUUAUUUUUUAAAAACUUUUAUAAUAAUUAAUACAG